AUGCCGCGCGCCGCCGUCACCAAGCUACUCUCGCUCAGCCGGAGGAGGGGCUACGCGGCCGCAGCGGAGGUGCGCGCGCCGGCGGGGGCAAUGGCAGCGAGAGCACCGGGCGCCGGGGGUGCCGCUGACGGCGCGGCGUCGUCCAAGGAGGUGUUCUGGAUGAGGGAUCCCCAGACGGGGUGCUGGGUCCCCGAGGACCGCUUUGCCGACGUCGACGCGGCCGAGCUCCGCUUGCGCCUGCUCGCCAGGAAGGACUAG